AUGUAUCUGUCCUUUAGUUUUUUAGUUAUCUUGGAGGACUCCAACUUAAAAAAAGUGCCCAAGGGCAAAGUGAAGCUUCUAAUAAACUAUGACGAAGCUACAAAUGAAUAUAUGUUUUUGAGCAAGCAAAGCAUAUUAAAAUAAUCCGUGAUUAGAUUUGUCUUUAGAGCAGUUUAAUGAACUUCAAAAGUCAGUGAAAGCUGCCCAAACGGCAUUAUCAAAGUCGCGUGGUUAA